AUGCCGACUCCAUUAACAGUCGAAGGCCUAAGAGCCCAAGAAGUUCGCGUCAAGAUUGAUCUCCUCAUUCACAACCUCGUCAACAUCAAGGACGAGCAAGGACGUUUUCUGCAAACCCUCGCGGACGGGCGAAUCAUCGAUACAAAAGGAUGGAACGACUGGGAAUGGACGCACGGAAUCGGUCUAUACGGCCUCUACCAGUACCAUGCAUUGAAGUCUUCGACUUCGACGCUUCAGAUCAUCCAGGACUGGUUCUCGGCGCGCCUGGCCGAGGGAACGACCAAGAACAUCAACACGAUGGCCGUCUUCCUGACGCUGGCCCAUCUCUACGAACAGACGGGCGAGCAGAGCUAUCUCCCCUGGCUGGACUCGUGGGCGGAAUGGGCCAUGUACGAGCUUCCACGGACGACUUUCGGUGGGAUGCAGCACAUCACGUAUGUUGACGAAAACCACAACCAGCUGUGGGACGACACGUUGGUGAUGACUGUCAUGCCGCUGGCGAAGAUCGGAAUAUUACUACACCGUCCACACUACGUCGAAGAGGCCAAACGGCAGUUCCUGCUCCACAUACAAUACCUCUACGACCCGCAGACCGGGCUGUUCUUUCACGGCUGGCAAUUCGACGACAGGGCGCCGGGUGGACUGGGCCACAACUUUGCCCGUGCCAGAUGGGCCCGAGGGAACAGUUGGCUGACGAUUGCCAUUCCUGAUUUCAUCGAAUUGUUGGAUCUCCCGCCGGACGACGGGCUGAGAAUGUACCUGGUGGCUGUCCUGGAGGCUCAAUGUCGUGCUCUGCGUUCCUUGCAGACGCAGGAGGGGAUGUGGAGGACCUUGCUUGACGUGUCGGAGGAGGAGGGGAGCUAUCUCGAAGCGUCGGCCACCGCUGGCUUUGCGUAUGGCUUGUUGAAAUCCAUUCGCAAACGAUACAUCUCUCAAGAAUAUACGGCGGUUGCUAUGAAAGCGGUCAAGGCUGUGAUUCGGCGGAUCAGUGAUGAUGGAGAGCUGAUGGAUACCAGCUUUGGGACUGCCAUGGGACACGACUUGAAGCAUUACAUCAACAUAGAGAGGACCAGCAUGCCGUAUGGUCAAGCCAUGGCGAUCAUGGCGCUGGUCGAGUUUCUGAGAGUGUAUAUAUGA